UCCUGGGCGGGGAGCGGGGAGCGGGCAGAUGUUGGCUCCGGGCGAAGCUGCAGCUGGGAGGAGAAGUGUCCGAGGUGCGAUGGGCACGUGGCGACCAAGGUAGUGAUAAGGGACGGUUCCAAACCGCCAGGAGAGAAAUCGCCGGAUGUGCUCGUCCCCCAAAAUUGGUGUUUGAGGCCAGGGCUAUGCUAAUCAGCUUGAUCUAAUCACCCGCGCCGUGUCCACUGUCAAAACAUCACGUGGCACCCCGUAAAACACACAGUCAUGUUUGGUCAAUUUAUAACUAAACACUGGACACCCACAGACGUCAUAAGACAAGGCGCCCAUAUCAGUGACAGUCGUGUUUUUCCACAGUCGAGAUGGUCAGCGCAGGGCCAACGCCGGCCUCGGGUGGGUCCCGGGUGCACGCACCGCGGCCCCGCGCUCGGACUCUGACCCGCGCCGUGGUGGUCAAGAGGACGCUCGGGUCCUCGGUCCCUCCGCGAGGAGCCGCGGCGAGAACCGGCCCAGAGCUUGGCCGGCCGAACUCCCUGCGCAGGCGCAGAGCAGGUCCCCCCCCACCCGCGCACAGGCCCCGGGGCGGGGGCGGAGCCAGGCCCGGUGGCGACCAAUGGGGAGCGGCAGCGAUGGCGCCACGCCCCCUCCUGCUCGCGUCUUAAAGGGGCAAAGAAAGGGCGCGGGGUCGCGCUCCUGAGGCCGGGCUUGCUUUCCCUGGGUGCUGGGUGCCGGGUGCCGAGCCCUAGGGAGCGCUUCUGAGCGCAGGGGAGGACGGCGUGCCCUCCACGGCCCCGGCCCCUGGCGGGCUCCGCGGAGCGGCUCCUCUAAGAGCCCCGCCCGGCUGACCACUCUCCAGCUCGGCCAUGCGGACGCUGCGGGCCGCUCUCACCCUGACGCUGGGCGCGGGGCUGGGCGCCGUCGCCGAGAGCUGGCGGCGCCAGCGAGCGGACGCGCGGCCGGCGCCCGGGCUGCUGGGCCGGCUGCCAGUGCUGCCCGUGGCCGCGGCGGCUGAGCUGCCCGCCCUACCCGGGGGCGCGGGGGCCCGCGCGGCGGGCGAGCUGGCCAAGUACGGGCUGCCCGGGGUGGCGCAGCUCAAGAGCCGCGAGUCGUACGUGCUGUGCUACGACGCGCGCACCCGCGGCGCGCUCUGGGUGGUGGAGCAGCUGCGGCCCGAGCGGCUGCGGGGCGCCGGCGACCGGCGCUCGUGCGACUUCCGCGAGGACGACUCGGUGCACGCGUACCACCGCGCCACCAACGCCGACUACCGCGGCAGCGGCUUCGACCGCGGCCACCUCGCCGCCGCCGCCAACCACCGCUGGAGCCAGAAGGCCAUGGACGACACCUUCUACCUGAGCAACGUGGCGCCCCAGGUGCCCCACCUCAACCAGAACGCCUGGAACAACCUGGAGAAGUACACCCGCAGCCUGACCCGCACCUACCAGAACGUCUACGUGUGCACCGGGCCGCUCUUCCUGCCCAGGACGGAGGCCGACGGGAAGGCCUAUGUGAAGUACCAGGUGAUCGGCAAGAACCACGUGGCGGUGCCCACGCACUUCUUCAAGGUGCUCAUCCUGGAGGCGGCGGGUGGGCAGAUCGAGCUGCGCUCCUACGUGAUGCCCAACGCGCCCGUGGACGAGGCCCUGCCGCUGGAGCGCUUCCUGGUGCCCAUCGAGAGCAUCGAGCGGGCCUCGGGGCUGCUCUUCGUGCCCAACAUCCUGGCGCGGACCGGCAGCCUCAAGGCCAUCGCUGCCGGCGGCCAGUGAGGGCGGGGCCGAGGGACCGCGCUGGGGCGGGCACAGUAAAGGCGGCUGCUUUUGGA